AUGGGUAUUACCCGUCGGGAGGUGUGUUGGCCAGAAACAUGGGCGUCGGUGGCAAAAGAUAACGGAGGUAAGGAGGCAAGGAGCAUGAGGUCAGGCUUCGUCUUCACGUUCGCGCUCCUCUGCGUGGGGAGCCUGCUGGCCAUCGUCACCUGGUACAUGUUCCAGGACGACAACACGGCGACGUCUCCGUCUCCAAGGCUUUGUGACGGCUGCAAGGAACUGAUUGACGACUUGCUGAAGCGCUACUCUCAAACCUGGAAGCAGAGCGAAGAGAAUUACCAGACGUUUACCUCCAAGCUCAGCAGCUUGUGUCGUGUCGACAAGGCCAUCAUCACGCAGGAUAACACCCCCGUGGGUACGAAGAUUUCCUUCGAUGGAGAAAAGUCCGAUACACUCCAGAUCGAACCCGAAAUUUUCAGAACGUUUAUCAAGGAGCAUCCGUUCUCCAACCAGAUGUUUAACACGUGCGCCGUGGUCGGCAACGGCGGCAUCCUGAUGGACAGUGGCUGCGGGAAAAUGAUCGACUCGGCUCAGUUUGUGAUAAGGUGCAAUCUGCCGCCUUUGAACGGCGAGUACGGGAAACACGUGGGCGUCAAGACGGACCUCGUGACGGCCAACCCGAGCAUCCUCGAAGAAAGGUACGGCUCCCUGAUGAACAAUCGGCGCGGGUUUGCGGACAGUCUUCUAAGCUACGGAAAGUCCUUCAUCCUCCUACCCGCCUUCUCCGUCGGCGACUACACACCGCUCUCCCUGCGGGUGGCCUACACCGUUGAGGACUUUGCCAGCCUGGCACGUCCCGUAUUCUUCAACCCGGACUACCUGCGCAACCUGUCCCGAUUCUGGGCAGGACACGGCCUGAAAUCGCCACGCCUUAGCACGGGCAUCAUGAUGGCCAGCAUGGCGCUGGGGGCGUGCUCCAACGUGCACCUGUACGGCUUCUGGCCAUUCGCCAACCACCCGCACAGACUCUACGCGCUCACCAAUCACUACUACGACGACAGGAAGGUCGACACCAAGUUCCACGCCAUGCCGGAAGAGUUUGACAUGCUGCUGAAGCUGCACAGUCAGGGCGUGCUGAGGCUUCACCUGGGAGACUGCCAAAGCGCCGAAAAGUAA